UCCCCCCACUUUCUUAGCGUCAAAUCCUCUCUCAUGUUUUUCUCUCUCUUCCCUGCUUUCCAUAAAACUCAUUACAACAGCUCAUAAUUACAGUCUUACUUUGUACUACUACUUACCAUAAAAUUCCAUUGAAAGCUUGAAUCUUUCCAUAAAACUCCAUUGACAACAAUCUUUCCAUAAUACUCCACUGACAACAAUCUUUCCCAUAAAACUCCAUUGAAAGCUUAAAUCUUUCCAUAAAACUCCAUUUAAAACUUAAACUAUCCAUAAAAAUCCAAGCCACAAAAAUGGAAGAAACAAUCAAAGGAAGUAGUCCAUUAAGAAAACCCUUCACAAAGGACUCCCCUCAACUUUCUUCUACUUCAUCAUCUUCUUCUUCAAACAAUAAGAACAAAAAGAAGCCUCUAGAACAAGAAGACCGUCUUGGUUUGCUCCAAAAUCGAAACGACCCCAUGUCUCAAUCUUUCAACUCUGAUUUCUCCAUUAAAAUAGAACCCAAUUCUUCUUCCAUGGCAGAAAAAUUGAAUCCUAUUUUACGUGGGUCUAGCUAUGAUUUCCAAAAUGAUGUUAAUAUUGACACCCAGAAGAAAAAAUCCAAUGAUAAUACCGAAUGUUCUUCAGAAGAGUUUGAUUUUCCAAAGGGUGAAGUAGAUUUAGAGAAUCAUUGUUUAUCACCAGUAAGUGAAAGUCCAAAUGAUUAUGGAAAAAUUACACCAAAAUAUAAUCAGUUCCCAAAAGUUUCAUUUGAGGAAUCCAAGUUAGUUCAUAGAAGAGCCAGUGACGAAGUUCAUCAGCAAAACGCUGGGGUUGGAGUAAGUGGGAGGGAUGACCAAGUAGUUCAUUGUAGCUCAAACGCAUCGUUUCAGCAAAGGAAAUCUGGGUUGAUGAGAAUGAAGACAAAAUCUAGAUUUCAAGACCCGCCUGAAGAGGAUAAUAGGAGAUCGGGGAGGGUAAAUCGAUCUGGGUUAAUGGGUAAAAGUGAGGAGAUUGAAGAAGAUGAUCCAUUUGAGGAAGAUUUUCCUGAGGAAUUUAAGAAAGGUAAAUUGAAUUUUUUUACAAUUUUGCAAUGGUUAAGUUUAGUGUUAAUUGUUGCUGCAUUAAUUUGUAGUCUUGUUAUUGAGGACUUAAGGAAGAAAGCUAUUUGGGAUAUGAAAUUAUGGAAAUGGGAAGUUAUGGGUUUGGUUUUAAUUUGUGGUGGGUUGGUUUCCGGAUGGUUAAUUCGUUUGGUUGUAUUUUUUAUUGAGCGUAAUUUCUUGCUUAGAAAACGGGUGCUGUAUUUUGUAUAUGGGUUAAGAAGUUCUGUUCAGAAAUUUUUAUGGUUAGGAUGGGUUUUACUUGCUUGGAUUUUGAUAUUGGAUAAAAAAGUGGAGAAAGAAACUCAAAGUAAAGUAUUACCUUAUGUGACCAAGAUUUUGAUAUGUUUUAUGGUGGCUACAUUGAUGUGGUUGAUAAAGACAUUACUUCUUAAAGUUUUAGCUAUGAAUUUCCAUGUUAGUGCAUUCUUUGAUCGGAUUCAGGAUGCAUUGUUUGAUCAAUAUGUGAUUGAGACGUUAUCCGGACCGCCUUACCUUGAGAUUCAGCGUAUUCAGGAGGAGGAGGAACGCGUUGCUUCUGAAGUUCAGAAGCUUCAGAAUGCUGGGGUUUAUAUCCCGCCUGAUCUUAGAGCGAAUUGCUUUCCUAAUGAGGGGAAGACGGUAGGGAGUGCUAGGUCAAACGCGAGUGCGUUCCAAAGGAGUCCUUGGGUUGGGAAGAGCCCUAGGAGUUCGGUGAUUGGGAAGAGUCCUAGGGCGCCCUCGAAUUCUAGGCGGGAAGAAAAGGAAGAGGAGGAUGUGGGGAUUAGUAUUGAUCACUUGCAUAAAUGGAAUCAGAAGAAUGUGUCUGCUUGGAACAUGAAGAGGUUGAUGAAUAUCGUGCGAAAGGGGGUUUUGUCUACACUUGAUGAGCAGCUUGAUCCACGAAUGGAGGAGGACGACUCCGCAUUGCAGAUUCGCAGUGAGAAGGAAGCAAAAGCUGCAGCCAAGAGGAUAUUCACAAAUGUGGCUUCACCCGGCUCAAAACAUAUACAUUUAGCGGAUUUGAUGCGCUUUUUGAGAGAAGAUGAAGCGAGCAGAACAAUGAAUUUGUUUGACGGUGCUGCUGAUGGUAAAGGGAUAAGCAAACGAGCACUUAAAAACUGGGUGGUUAACGUUUUCAGAGAAAGGAGGGCUCUUGCGCUUUCGCUCAAUGACACGAAGACAGCUGUGAACAAACUUCACCAUCUGGUCAACAUUAUUGUUGGUAUUGCGGUUAUAAUCAUAUGGCUUCUAAUCUUAGGUGUCCCUGUUACUCACUUCCUAGUCUUUGUGAGCUCCCAAGUUGUUGUACUGGCCUUCAUGUUUGGUAACACCUGCAAGACCACAUUUGAAGCAAUCAUCUUUCUUUUUGUUAUGCAUCCAUUUGAUGUGGGUGAUCGUUGUGAAAUCGACGGUGUCCAGAUGAUUGUGGAGGAGAUGAACAUAUUAACAACCGUAUUUCUUCGAUAUGACAACCAAAAAAUCAUAUACCCUAACAGUGUGUUGGCUACCAAGCCAAUCAGUAACUAUUAUAGAAGUCCAGAUAUGGGAGAUGCCAUUGAUUUUUGCGUCCAUGUGUCAACUCCAAUUGAAAAGCUUUCACUCAUGAAGGAAAGAAUAACAAGGUACAUUGACAACAAGUCGGAUCACUGGUACCCAGCCCCGAUGAUAGUAAUGAGGGAUGUGGAGGACUUAAACCGACUAAAGUUUUCGCUAUGGGUGUCGCAUAGGAUGAACCACCAAGACAUGGGAGAAAGGUGGGUUAGGAGAUCCACUCUCGUCGAGGAGAUGAUCAAGAUUUUCAAGGAGCUCAACAUCGAGUAUCGCAUGUUGCCCAUGGAUGUCAAUGUCAGAAACAUGCCACCUUUGGUUUCUGAUAGGCUUCCUUCCAACUGGACUGCUUGUGCUAGAUGAUCAUGUUCCCAAUUGUGUAGAUAAUGGAGUAAUGUUAUAACAAAAUUGACAUUGUAGUGAAUGAUAGAUGGGUUAAGAGGAAAGGUUGAUGAUGAGCUUAUUAUUUCAUUUUGGCCUUUCCUACAAGGCUAUGCCCCCAGUUUUUGUCUUGAGAACCGGCUUGAAUUGAGGUCUUUUAUUAUAUAGUCCAUAUAAAUAUUCACUAUUAAUAUCUUAUUUACUUUUUACUUUUACGCUCUACCUAAUGUAUUUUUUCAAUUAAAAAUAUCUCUAAUUGUGUAGAAUGAUACGGAUAACUAAUGUUGGAAAAGAAAAAAAAAAACCAAUUUUGGGGUUAA